AUGCCUAGAAUAAAAAUGCUUGGAAAUAUUGCUGGUGUGUUAUCAAGCUUGCUUUCUUGUGUGGAUUACAACCGUGUCCAUCCCAUGAGUAGUGUAAAUGAGAUGCUGGUGAAGGCACAAAAGCUGCAAGACACUAACGAACUGUUUGCAGCUGUUACAUUCGAUCUCCCCUCUGGAACUAGCCAAAAGAAAAGAGCUGCCUCUGGGACAUCAACUUUGCCCAAGCAAAUUAAAUACAGCAUCAGCAUGCGUUCACUGCUAUCACAAGACACAAGUUUUAUCAGAGAUCCUAACUGGAUUACAUGGCCACACAACUCUAUAAAUUUGUAUAGUCGAAGCUUUGUCUACCUACAGGAAAACAUUGAAAGAGCCAUUGUUGAAAUGCAGACAAACAAGAGUUUGGAUGAUGUAGCUGCACAGUACCAGCCUAUGCCAUUCCCCUGUUACAGCAAAGAUGGCUUCCUCUACAGCAUAUCCUUCUCACUGCCCAGUGGAUUCAUGAUCAUUUGGGUUCUUUUUAUCGCUGCCUUUAUAAAAAGACUUGUGCAUGAGAAAGAGCUGAGACUGCAUGAGUAUAUGAAGAUGAUGGGAGUGAACUCCUGCAGCCACUUUUUUGCCUGGUUAAUUGAGAGCCUGAUUUUUCUAAUUUUAACUGUCAUCAUCCUUGUGCUGAUCCUGAAAUAUGGCAAUAUCUUUCCAAACAGCAAUGGAUUUAUUCUUUUCCUAUUUUUCCUGGAUUAUAUUCUAACAUUGAUUGCCUUGAGUUACCUUAUUAGUGUCUUCUUCCACAACACUAAUGUGGCUGCAUUGAGUGGCAGCUUAAUAUAUAUCAGUGCGUUUUUUCCAUACAUCGCAGUGAUGUCAAGAGGAAAUUCUAUAUCGUUUGCUGGGAAGAGUUUGUUGUGCUUGUUGUCUCCUACAGCGCUGAGCUAUGGAGUUCGGUAUAUUGCGUAUUAUGAACAACAAAAUAUGGGAAUUCAAUGGAAUAACAUAUAUGAAUCUCCCGUGAUUAACGACACAUUUAAUUGUGGCUGGAUAUGCUGGAUGAUGUUAAUAGACUCUUGUAUUUACUUUGUUGUUGGAGCUUAUAUUCGGACAGUUUUUCCAGGAAAAUAUGGCACUAGCGCCCCCUGGUAUUUCCCAUUUAUUCCAUCUUACUGGCUGGGCUGGUGCGGAUUAUCCAUGUGUUGUGCUAAGAAACCGAGUGGUUUGCAGUUGACAAAUAUGAUAUCAAAAGUUGAAUCUAACAAAAAUGAUUUGGACCUUUCUCCAAAUAAUGAGCCAGAGCACACUGACCUCAACAUUGGUGUCUCCCUCCAUGGCUUAACUAAGACCUACAAGUCCAAGGUGGCCGUUCAAGAUCUGAACCUGACAUUCUAUGAGAGCCAUAUAACAGCACUUCUUGGACACAAUGGUGCUGGAAAAACAACCACUAUUUCUAUGCUGACUGGCCUACUCAGUGCCACAUCAGGGACUAUAUAUGUAUAUGGUGAUGAUAUCAGAACUAAAAUGGACCGUGCAAGAAGAAACAUGGGAGUCUGCAUGCAGUAUGAUGUAUUGUUUGACCAUCUAACAACUAAAGAGCACCUGCUGCUAUAUGGGUCUAUUAAAGCACCCCAAUGGAAAAAGAGACAACUACACGAAGAAGUAAAAAGGAUCUUGAAAGACACUGACCUGUAUAAUCAUCGUCACAAGCGAGUAAAGGCCUUAUCUGGUGGGAUGAGGAGAAAGCUGUCCAUUUCUAUAGCUCUGAUUGGUGGAUCCAAAGUUGUUAUCUUAGAUGAACCCACCACAGGUGUAGACCCGUGCUCAAGGCGUGCUAUCUGGGAAGUUAUUUCCAGAAACAAGAUUGACAAAACAAUAAUUUUAUCUACUCACCACUUGGACGAGGCAGAAAUCUUGAGUGAUCGAAUUGCUUUCCUUGAGCAGGGAAGACUGAGGUGUUGUGGAUCUCCAUUUUAUCUUAAGGAGAAAUUUGGAACUGGCUACCAUCUUACUCUCACCAAAAAGUUUUCAAGUCGAGAGGAUGAAAGACAGUGCAAUACAGAAAUAGUGACUGCACUUAUCCAGUCACAUAUCCCAGAGGCAAACCUGAAAGAAGAUGUAGCUGGUGAACUUGUGUACACCUUGCCCCGUUUUAAUACAGAUAUAUCUGAAGCCUAUUUAUCUCUCCUCAGAGCGCUGGAUACCAGCCUAAGUGAUUUACAUAUUGGUUGCUAUGGAAUCUCAGAUACCACUAUAGAAGAGGUGUUUUUCAAACUGAUGGAUGGUGUUCCCAAUGAUGAGCAGGGUGGCAUCACCUCAUCUAAUGCACAGUUGGUUUUGCCAAUAGCAACUACGGACACUCUUAUGAUUGUAGAGUCCUCUUCAUCUAGCCACAAUUCUGAAGACAGCAAUGACCAAGCACUAACUAAUGUGCCAAAUGUCAGUGGCUUGACUCUUAUUUUCAAGAAAUGUUUGGCUAUAUUUAUUAAGAGGUUGCACAACUCUAAACGAAACUGGAAGGGUCUAAUUUCUCAAGUCUUUCUUCCUGUGUUAUUUGUCAUUAUUGCAAUGGGUGUGGGAACCCUUUCUUCAAGUAAUUCAAGUUACCCAGAACUCGAAUUAUCACCUAAUCUGUAUGGCACUACCGAUCAAUCAGUGCCAUUUGGGUUAUAUAAUAAAAGAACUGAGGAUCUGAUGUCUGCAAUGAACUCUCCGCCAGGCAUUGAUAACUACUGUCUGAACAACAACAUAGCAUGCUUGAAUGAAUCCAGUUUAGGGUCAUGGAACUCAACUGGCAACCAGUCACUCACCUAUGGCACCUGCAACUGCGCAAGUGGAGUUUCGGUAUGUGCUGUUCCUAAUGCUGUGCCCCCACACCGCAGGACCUACUCUGGACAAAUGCUUUACAAUGUCUCUAAACAUGUUAUGGAGGACUAUCUGCUAGCCACUACUUUGGAAUUUGUCCAAAAACGUUAUGGAGCCUGGAGCUUUGGAGUUCCAAGAACUAAAAGCUUCAUUCCUCAACCAGAAAAUAUGACAUUAACUACGAUCUGGUAUAACAAUGAGGGUCCUCACAGCCUCCCAGCUUUCCUCAACAGUUUCAACAAUUUUCUCCUUAGGUCAAACCUGCCAAAAAAUGUGUCCAACCAAUAUGGUAUUUUUGUCUCCAAUAAACCACUUAAUGAACCUGUGCCACAGGCAAGCAUGAUUGCGACUCUAGUCAAUACUUUGUUAGCUCUUUCUAUAUUGGUUGGUUACUCGAUCACUACUUCAAGUUUUGUCACCUACACUGUCAAAGAACAUAACACUGGAGCAAAGAGGCUGCAGCAUAUUGCUGGUGUUGGUGAGGUCUGCUACUGGGUGAUACACUUCCUUUACGACAUGAUCAUGUACUUAAUACCAGUGGCAAUUUCCAUCGCAGUGAUAGCAGCAUUUAAGCUUCCAGCUUUCUGCAAUGAUUCUAACCUGGGAGCCGUGUCUGUACUCUUCAUUUUAUUUGGUUAUGCAACCUUUGCGUGGAUGUAUCUAAUAGCAGGAACCUUUAAGAACUCUGGCAUGGCUUUCAUUGUGUAUGUGGGCAUCAACUUGUUCAUCGCCAUCAACACAAUCAUUCCAUCAUCUAUAAUUUACUUCCUCGUCCAGCAAACAGGCCUUUUCAAUGUGGACUAUGAGAGUCUAAAUAAUAUAUAUAAUACCCUCACAAAUGUCUUCAAGACUUUCCCUCAAUUCUGCUUUGGGUACGGUAUGGUCCUGCUCUCCCAACAGCAGUAUAUACAAAAUAAACAGUCUUUAUAUGGAUAUGAUAAGAAAGUCAAUGUUUACAGCAUGGAUAUUUUAGGUUGGAACCUUUCUGCUAUGGCUAUCCAAGGAACAUUGUGCUUACUGCUGCGACUGCUCCUGAACGAGGGAAUCAUUUUCAGUGUGAAGAGCUUUUUAAAAAGAACUUGCCUAAAGAAGUACCAAAUUGUAUUGACAAAUACAGAUGCAGAUGAAGAUGACGAUGUCAAAGCAGAGAGAGAGCGAGUAGAAUCCGGUAGGGCAGAUGAAGCUGUUUUAGAACUUCAAGGCCUUACUAAGAUAUUCUACCAUCUGAAGAAAGGGAUGAUUGCGGUCAAUAAUAUGACUUUGGCUAUUCCGCCUGGAGAGUGCUUUGGACUUCUAGGUGUUAAUUGUGCUGGAAAAACAACCACUUUCAAGAUGCUGACAGGGGAUAUUACUCCAUCUAAAGGAAACAUCAAAGUCAGAAAUCAAUCUGGGAAUAUGGUGGAUGUUUUGGGUUUCAACCAAGACUGGUCAUCCUUUGGAUAUUGCCCCCAGGAUGAUGCUUUGGAUGACUUCAUGACUGGAGAAGAACACUUGUACUAUUAUGCACGAAUUCAUGGGAUCCCAGAAAAGUCAAUUACAUCUGUUUGCAACAGACUUCUUCACAAACUUUGCCUCAUUCAAUACAAGGAUGUAAUUACUGCCAAUUAUAGCUGCGGCACACGAAGGAAGCUAUCUACCGCUCUGGCCCUUGUUGGACGGCCUUCUAUUCUGCUUUUGGAUGAGCCAAGCUCAGGAAUGGACCCACAAACAAAGAGACAUCUUUGGAAAAUUAUCUCUGAAGAAGUUAAGGAUCGGUGUGCAGUAGUGCUCACAUCUCACAGCAUGGAGGAGUGUGAAGCCCUCUGCACCAGACUGGCCAUCAUGGUAAAAGGAAAAUUUCAAUGCAUCGGAUCCCUACAGCACAUAAAGAACAGGUUUGGAAGAGGAUUCACAGUGAAGAUGCACUUAAAAGACUUAUCUGUCAGUGUGGAGAUAAUCACCAACUUCAUGCAUUCUCACUUCCCAAACACAUAUCUGAAGGAUCACCAUUUCACUAUGGUGGAAUAUCACGUACCGGGGUCUGCCGGAGGUGUUGCCAGUAUAUUUGAUCUUAUUGAAACCAACAAGGCAAACCUGCACAUCAUUAAUUAUUCAGUCAGCCAGACAACACUGGAUGAGAUUUUAAUCAAUUUUGCCCAAUCUCAAGCAACUCAUGAUAAUUCAAGCAUAAGCAGCCAAGAUGUUAUUCAAGUUGUCAGUACCUAAAGAGCCACAAACAUUGAAGGUUUAGCAAGCAAUCUCAGGAACACAUGAC